CCGAUCGCCCACUUGUUCUUCGAUCUUUCCCGAGUCGGUCUUCACCUACCGGCUACCGAGCGCACGAGCAAGCAGCCUUUGAAUGGCCCGCGACGCCGGCGGAGGCGGGGGCGGCUCGCCGGGCGCGGAGCGGCGGCGAGUGGCGCUGCGUGCCCUCCUCGCCGGCGGAGAGGCGUCCUCGUCCGCCGUGCCGCCGGCCGCGGCGGAGGUGGAGGCCGUGAGGACGCCGAGCAAGGGGCUGCUGCGCGGGCUCCGGUGCACGUCGGCGGCGGCGUCGCAGGCCAUCGCGCCGGCCGCCGCGGUGGACGCCGCGCGGCCUUCGGCUGACUGGCGCGGGCUCGGGUGCACGGCGGCGGCGGCGGCCCAGGCGCACGCGCCGGCCGCCGCGGUGGAAGCGGCGCGGUCCGCGGCGGACUGGCGCGGGCUUGGGUGCGCGGCUGUGGCGGCGUCGCAGGCCCACGCGCCGGCCGCCGCGGUGGACGCCGCCGCGCGGCGCUCCGAGGAGAGGCGCGGGAGGCGGCGGAGGAGCGGGAGGGAGAGGCGGAAGGCGAGUGGCGCGGGCGGCGGCGGCGUCAGUGGUGGCGGUGGCGGGAUGGGCGGGGACGUGUGGUGCACUCCGGGGAUACCGUUCGCCGCCGAGGCCUCGUCGGUGGACUGCGUUGUGGCGCCGCACCAGGCGGCGAGCGCGCGCCGCCGCGCCGAUGCCGAGAGGCCGCGCAGAGAGAGGUCUGGCGCGCCUCCUGCUCGGAGGAUCACCAUGCGGGAGCACAUUUCCUCGUCUCCCAUGAAUUCGCCGCCACACCAUGACAUGCUGUUCAUUGAUGCCGACCGUGCACCUUCCGGCCGAAACCGACAUACGAGUGGGCGUCGGCACUCGCACGCACGGCUCGAGGAAGAGAUGAUGGUGUUCCGUACAAGGAUAUUACUGGGAAGAAUGGGUAUGUAUGAUCAGUAUCAGGAUUGGCGCCUCGAUGUUGAUAACUUGACAUAUGAGGAACUGCUUGAUCUGGAGGACCGAAUUGGAUACGUAAGUACAGGGCUGCGUGAGGAUGAGAUCACUCGAAGCCUUAGGAUGGUCAAAUACUCAGCGUUCAACCCCAAGCAUUUUUCUACAGAAAUGGAUAGGAGGUGUAGCAUUUGCCAAGAAGAGUUCGAAGCAAAUGAAGAAACUGGGAAGCUGAGUUGUCGCCACAGCUAUCAUGUGCAUUGCAUUAAGCAGUGGCUUUCUCAAAAGAACGCUUGCCCUGUUUGCAAGACCACUGUCUCAAAGACCUGAAGUCCUAGUGUAGACCACACUUUAUUUAUCGAGUAAUUGAAUUAAAAUGUAAAGGAUUAGUUUUCUUUUGUUGUUGCACAGCUCUCCGCAUACACGCUCGUACAAGCACAGGAUCCAAGAGUUUAUUUGCAUAUAGAAUUACAAGUUUUUUUCCCCA